CUGGCAGCUCUAUAAUUAUUUGUUUCCCACAAUAAAUUGAUAUUAUUACAGAGGAAGGAAGGAGAAAAAAGUAACGCUUCGCUCUAUCCAGCUCGCCGUUUCAAAGAUUUAGGGGUCUCGUGUGUGUUUGUGAUAUUGAGCUCAUUGAACAUAUUUCAGGCCCUGGCUCUGGAGAGCUACUUAGACUCCAGCCACCAGGGAGGAGUGCCUUACAUGGCACCAUCUCGUGUGGCUGGAGGGUUAGCCCAAUCAUCCUCAAGUUCUGGAAUUUUCUUUCAGGGGGAUGGGCACUCCCAGGCUAUAGCUAACUCUCACUUAACCUCAUCAUUUGGGAACUCAUCCAGUUCGAUUCCUGGGACUGGGCGUCCCAACCUCGUUCCAGUGUCCGGGGAUAUGAAUAAUGCUGUUUUAAACAGUGUGGCAAAUUCUGGGCCAAGUGUUGGGGCAAGUUCAUUGGUGACUGAUGCGAAUUCGGGAUUCUCUGGAGGAGGCCCUCGCUUGCAGAGAAGUGCCAGCAUUAACACAGAGUCAUACAUGCGCUUGCCAGCUUCCCCUAUGUCAUUUUCUUCCAAUAACAUAAGCAUCUCUGGGUCUUCAGUUAUCGAUGGUUCCUCGGUAGUGCAGCAAGGGAAUCACCAAGAGUCUAACGCACCACAGCAGCAGCAAACUCAGCAGCAGCAACAACAUGGGGCUUCAAGCGCUACCUCUUUACCCACAUCACAACCUGUGCAAAUGUCACUUCCAAUGGGUGGACGUGCUCCUGGAUCUUAUCUUCAAGAACCUAAUAUAUCACAGUUGCAAAAGAAACCCCGGUUAGAUAUCAAGCAGGAAGAUAUUCUGCAGCAGCAGGUGUUGCAACAGAUGCUGCAGAGGCAAGACCCCAUGCAGAUGCAAGCACGUAACCCACAGCUACAAUCACUGCUUCAGCAGCAGCGACUGAGGCAGCAGCAGCAGCAGAUUCUCCAAUCUAUGCCACCGAUGCAGAGAGCCCAAUUUCAGCAACAGCAGCAACUGCAGUUGAGGCAGCAGCAAAUGCAACCACAACACCACCACCUACAGCAACAACAGGCCAUGCAGCCGGCAUCUGUUCCUGUUAAGCGUCCCUAUGACGGGGGUGUGUGUGCUCGACGAAUGAUGCAGUAUCUGUAUCAUCAGCGACAGAGGCCAGCUGAGAAUACUAUUGCAUAUUGGAGGAAAUUUGUAGCGGAGUACUAUUCCCCUCGAGCAAAGAAGCGGUGGUGCUUGUCGUUAUAUGAUAAUGUUGGGCAUCAUGCACUAGGGGUAUUUCCCCAAGCAGCAAUGGAGGCAUGGCAGUGCGACAUCUGUGGUUCAAAGUCAGGAAGAGGAUUUGAGGCUACUUUUGAAGUGCUACCUCGACUUAAUGAAAUCAAGUUUGGCAGUGGUGUCAUCGACGAACUUCUGUUUUUGGACCUGCCUCGUGAAUGUAGAUUCUCUUCUGGAAUAAUGAUGCUGGAGUAUGGCAAAGCAGUUCAGGAGAGUGUAUAUGAGCAACUUCGUGUUGUUCGUGAGGGUCAGCUUCGUGUUAUAUUUACCCACGAUUUGAAGAUAUUGUCCUGGGAAUUCUGUGCACGGCGCCAUGAAGAACUGCUUCCUCGUAGAGUGGUAGCUCCUCAGGUAAAUCAGCUGGUACAGGUUGCACAGAAAUGUCAGACCACUAUUUCUGAAAGUGGACCAGAUGGAGUUUCACAGCAGGAUCUCCAAACAAGUAGUAAUAUGGUCCUGACAGCUGGACGUCAGCUUGCUAAGAGUUUGGAGUUGCAGUCUCUGAAUGAUUUGGGAUUCUCCAAAAGAUAUGUUAGAUGUUUGCAGAUCUCCGAGGUAGUCAAUAGCAUGAAGGAUUUGAUUGAUUUCUGUCGCGAACAAAAAGCUGGGCCAAUUGAGAGUCUAAAAGUUUACCCUCGACAUAAUAACUCCGUAGCCAAGCUCCAGAUGCAGAAGAUGCAAGAAAUGGAGCAGCUGGCAAGCUCUCAGGGUUUACCCACUGACCGGAACACCCUCAAUAAGCUGAUGGCAUUGCAUCCCUCCGCCGGAAUAAACAAUGCCAUGAACAGCAACAACAACAAUCACCACUUGGUUAAUCGAGGAGCGUCAGCUUUAAGUGGUUCGGCCCAGGCUGCACUGGCUCUUUCCAACUACCAAAAUCUUCUCAUGAGGCAAAACUCCAUGAACUCAAACUCCAGCUCGCUUCAACAUGAGCCUCCAUCAUCUUCCUUCAACAAUAAUUCCACCCCAAGUCCAUCUUCCAACUUUCAAGGCCCUGGUGGUUUCCCACCAGGAGGACCCAUGCAUAACAUAUAUCAACAACAACAACAACAACAGCGUUCAUCAAGUUCUAAUAAUUUGCUCCAACAAAACCAUCAUCAACAGAGCCCACAGGGCAGCAAUCAGGCCUUGGAACAGCAGAUGCUACAUCAACUAUUGCAGGAGAUGUCAAAUAACAGCAGCGCAGGAGCUCAUCAGCAGCGUUCGGUUUCUGCACAGAAUGGGAAUGGUGGUCCCGCAGGAAGGAACAGUGUGGGCCCUGCAAUGUCUGGAGGUGGGCCUGCUGCAAGCCGGAGCAACAGUUUCAAAGCUGCUGCUGCUGUUUCAACCAGUGAUUCGUCUGCUGGUGCUGGGGGUGGCGGCGGUGGGUAUAAUAGCAAUAGCAAUAACAAUCAAAAGGUUGGGGAUUCGCCUAGUCAGAAUUUGCAGCAGCUGCAGGAUGACAUGCAAGAUAUCGCAGCCGAGUUUUCGGAUAGUGGGUUCUUUAACAGUGACCUUGGCGAUACUAUGGGCUAUGACUGGAAAGCAUAAUAACCCAAUUCUGGUUUAGCUCUUAGCUUAGCUGUUUGGUUUUUAAUUGAAUGAGUUUUUUUGGACAUCAUACAUUUGUACAGAAUUGCUAUUAGCCUCUUUCCCCUGAACCGUUUGUGCCGACUUUGAAGGGAUCAAAAGUAUUGUGCUUUACUAGGUAAUUGCUGCCCUUACCCUGUGUUUCGGAUCGUGCAAUUUGUAAUGUACUAUGAUGAAAACAAGUAAGCUAAUAUGAUAAACAUUUUCAUUAUUACCAGU